CCCAUCCUCUCCCUACUCCCCGCCCCUCCAUGUUUCCUCCCAUAAACUUUAGCAACAUUGUUCUCUGCAGCAGAGCAGCAGCAUACCCUGCAAAAUACUGGUCCUCCCAGCUUCUCGCAGACAGACAGACGGACGGACAGCGAGACAAACAGGAGAAAAAAGACCAAACGGACCCCACAGACUGAAGAAGUACGACUGUGCAAGGCUUGGAUCUUAAACAUCCAUCUCCAUCCCAUCAUUAAGGCAGGACACUGUGAUAGCCAUCCAUCUCUCCCCAUUGUGCUCCAGCUGUCAUCUACCACCACCACUAGAGGGCAUCAUUGCAACAUUCAUCAGUGUGACGGGCCCAGCUCUCUGGACAAACCGCUACCAGUCACAGGCAUUAGCAAAGCCUGGCCAGGUUCCAGCUCAAGGGACACUUGGAGGACAAGUUUCUUGACCGCAUUCUGUAUGUAAUACUAAACGGGCUCCAUCUCUUCAACAAAGCUAAAUGAGUCAAAUCCCUUGAACUGACCUCUAGAACAAAAUCACUCCUGCCAGGCCUGCUUGACACCAGCAGCACUGUAGAAUUACAACAAACAAACACAUCUGGGGCUUCAGUGCAACAGGCCCGGCCCCUCAAAAUAACAAAGUCCUUGUUCUACAAUCCCUCAAUCCCAACAGCCGCCCUCGCCUCCAACCAUGGAAAAGGUUCAGCACCUGACGCGCACGGCCAUGCGUCGGGCCUCCCAGGCGGUAGACGUUCCACCUCAAGCCAAGCAGAACAUACAGGAGCUGUUUGUCAACUUCUGCCUCAUCCUCAUCUGUCUUCUCCUCAUCUACAUCAUUGUGCUCCUCAUGAAAGCAAUGUAGCUGAACCCACUCAAGGAAAACCCCAUCAGUGCAGUGUGAGGAAGGUGGCAUAUCUUCCUCUAUUCAUCCGUCUGCCUAUCAUCCACCACUCCAUCCAGCAACACCUGUAUGGGGUCUAGCCAUGUGAGGCCUGUCUGUGUAAUCUUCAAUCUUCAAGGCUUCUGACUCUUAUUCCAUGCCAUGAACAACUACAAAAGUACCAAGCCGCUGCUCAAAGUUCUGCUUAUUAUGGUAGUGCUAUUGCUUACACUCAUUCUCUAUUGGAUUAUGGGAUUUAUGGAACAGUAUCUCCUAAAUGGGAUAAAUCACCAUGGCUUAAUUUGGCUCAAUCACAUAAUUAGACAGGGUUGAUGACAAAAAUAAAUGAUAUAAAAUGAACAUGUUCUAACUUUGCAUUAUGUCUGAAAACCUAUACAACAAAUUAUGCAAUCUUUAUAUCACCUUGUACAUCUUCACUACCCUUACCUCUUUAGUAGCACUAAAUACUACAUUUAAUGUGUUUUGCAAAUGGUUUAGAGUGCUAGAUGAGAAGAAAAUGCGGAAUUGAGGGUAGAAAGUCAUGUGAAAAGCUACUCACAUAAUGUACAUUCGACAAUGUAUCGAAGUGUGAAUGCAAUAUGUAACAAUGUUAGGUAGCUACUGGAGCUGACUAAUGUGCAGUAAAAGACCAACAAAUGAAUGGCUGGGGGAGGCAAAUAUUAAAAUCCUUUAGCUACAAGACAGAAAUAAACUCGCUGACCUGUAAUAAUUAAAUAUGUAUGACAGUACUGCAGUACUGCUGAGCUGGCAAGCGACAGCUUUUUUUUAAAUUUUUACAGUACCUCUCUCUCCCUUAAAAACACACACACAUAUUACAUACACCAAGUGAUGUCACCCAUUCUAAAAACAGGUAAUGUCCAUUAUCUUUUCAUUGGUUUCUCAAAUAUAACAUCUCAUAUUCUUUGGAAAUAAAUGCUAAA